AGGACCUGUUCGGUAGGCUGGUUUAUUCUGCUACUUUCCAGACAAAGGAAUAAAACUCAGGACUGUGAGUAUGGCAGCUGGAGUAGCAGCAUGGCUUCCCUUCGCCAGGGCAGCUGCCAUUGGUUGGAUGCCGGUGGCCACAGGUCCUAUGCCACCUCCUCCCCAUGGGGAGAGAAAGAGGUCCCAGGACACCUUGAUCGUGCUAAACGUGAGCGGCACCCGCUUUCAGACAUGGCGAAACACACUAGAGCGUUACCCGGACACUUUGCUCGGCAGCACUGAGCGUGAUUUCUUUCUCAAUCAGGAUACGGGAGAAUAUUUCUUUGAUAGGGACCCAGACAUUUUUCGCCACAUUCUUAACUUUUAUCGCACAGGUCGAUUGCAUUAUCCACGCCAUGAAUGCAUUGCAGCAUAUGAUGAGGAACUUUCCUUUUUUGGCAUUAUACCUGAGAUUGUUGGUGACUGCUGCUAUGAGGAGUAUAAGGACCGCCGGAGGGAAAAUGCAGAGAGAAUAUUAGAUGAUGCGGAAAAUGACAAUAAGGCAGAGGGACCACUACCCCCAAUGUCAGUUCGCCAGAAAAUGUGGCGAGCCUUUGAGAAUCCACACACAAGUACAUUAGCCUUGGUCUUUUACUACGUAACUGGAUUCUUUAUUGCAGUCUCUGUUAUCGCCAACGUAGUGGAGACAGUACCAUGUGGCACAAUGCCUGGUUCCAUGCGUGAAUUGCCCUGUGGGGAGCGUUAUGUCAUGGCCUUCUUCUGCUUGGAUACAGCAUGUGUAAUGAUCUUUACCGUAGAGUACCUGUUACGUUUAGUGGCAGCUCCGAGCCGAUAUCGCUUUGUACGAAGUGUGAUGAGUAUCAUUGAUGUGGUGGCCAUUAUGCCAUAUUACAUUGCCCUGGUGAUGACAAACAACGAGGACGUUAGUGGCGCAUUUGUCACAUUGAGGGUAUUCAGAGUUUUCCGGAUCUUUAAGUUCUCUCGCCACUCCCAGGGCCUUCGGAUUUUAGGUUACACCCUAAAGAGCUGUGCUUCUGAGCUGGGCUUUCUGCUUUUCUCUCUAACCAUGGCCAUCAUCAUCUUUGCCACCGUCAUGUUUUACGCAGAAAAAGGAUCAAUGAACAGCAAGUUCACUAGCAUUCCCGCCGCAUUCUGGUACACCAUAGUUACCAUGACAACCCUGGGGUAUGGUGAUAUGGUUCCAAAGACCAUUGCUGGAAAGAUUUUUGGUUCCAUAUGUUCCCUGAGUGGAGUGUUGGUCAUUGCCUUGCCCGUCCCUGUAAUCGUUUCCAACUUCAGUCGGAUUUACCACCAGAAUCAACGAGCAGAUAAAAGACGAGCGCAAAAGAAAGCAAGGCUUGCAAGGAUUCGUGUGGCAAAGAGUGGAAGUGCAAAUGCCUUUUUACAGAGUAAACGCAAUGGUUUAUUAAGCAAAAUGGUGCAGUUAUCUGGUUCCAGAGAAGAGGAGCAAGCAAUUGUUAACAAAUGUGGCUCUACAUUUGCCACACAGCACUAUCACUUGCUUCAUUGCCUUGAAAAAACCACGGGGUUAUCUCAUGUUUUGGAUGAUCCCAUCUUACCAAUAAGCAGUUCACCAAUCAUUAAGAAUCAUGAGUUUGUAGAUGAACAAACAUAUGAAGACAGCUGUAUGGAAGUAUCUACAAUAAACAAACCUACAAACCAUAGUCCUUCUCUGUCAUCACAACACAGUGUUAGCCAUUUCUGCUGUUCUCGACGGACUAAAAAGAACACAAGGAUCCCAAAUGCAAAUGUUCAAAAAUGCAGUCACCAUGAGAGUCUUCAGGAGCUCAGCGCCAUACAGAUCCAAUGUAUGGAAAGAGCCCCGUUGUCGAACAGCAGAUCCAGUUUAAAUGCCAAAGUGGAAGAGAAUGUUAAACUCAACUGUGAGCCGCCUUAUGUCACCACAGCAAUAAUAAGUAUCCCAACGCCACAAGGGACAACGAGAGAGGAGGAUGGAAGAUCAGGAACUCCUGACUACACACAACGGAACAUUGUACGAGUGUCUGCUCUAUAACUCACUCCACAAAAGUCUUUUUUUUAAAUAAAUAAAUACCAUGACAUCUGCAGAUAGCUCAAAGGGAAAUGAUGAAAACUUCCCUACCCGUCUGAUGUUUUCAAGCAGCAACUGAUUUGAAUAUUAAUAACAUAAACAUGUUGGAACAACACAAUGGGGCGAUACAUCAGAUCUUCCAAACCAUACAACAGGGUAAUUGUGGGACUACAUACAUGAGCACAAUGAAAGAUCUCCCAUUGAUGACUUUUUUCCUUCAAUGCAAAAUUUUUAUAAGGAAAGGGAAAUCAACAAAUAAAAAAAAAAAAUGAUAAAUAAAGUGGAACACUUUUCCGAACAUUAGAAAAAGCAUUACAGCAAUGGAAACAUUUUGAUUACCAUAUCCCGAGAGGAUACAAUGAACAUUACACAAAGUAAUGAAUAUGAAAGUACAGGCAUUGCCAGUAUAUUUGUACUUAUUUAAAUGACAGCUGUAACGCAUGCAGAUAUUGUUUGGAGCAGACAUCCGAAAUAAUUGAAACUGUUUCCAUGAAGCAUUAUUUUACAGGAAGGCUUUUCGGGCUCAUUAACAGCAACUGGAUGAAUAAUGUUUACACUAGCUAAACGAAGACAAAAAAAAAAAAAUCAUUUUGGGAAUGGAACAAUAUUUAUUAGUGUAUCACCCGUGAGUUAGAUUAUAUAUUGUACAUAACAUAGAUUUUUUUUUUGUUGCUGUUGUUGAGCUACCUUGUUUCUGUAACAGCUGCAAUAAUGAAUUGUAUGUUGGCUUCAUCAGGACAUUCAAUAUUUAUUUACAUAUACUCCACACGCGUUACAGAAAACUGCAAUGAAAAAUUGCCUAGGGUUUACUUUUUUACUUUUUCAGGUCUUUUGCGUUUAUUAAAAGGAAAACAGUCAUUUGAGCAAAGAUGAGAGCUAUAUUAGCUGCCUGGUAUUUUUACAUGAAAGAAUUUUAAACUACUCGGGGUCUUUGUUUUUUCUUUCUUUUUUUGGAAAACUGCAUGACAAUUGUUUGUGAUCGGUCCUGAAUGCUUGCAAAAAAUGCUUUGUUUCAUUGUUAAUUAUUUUGUAGUGCUAAUAGUGUCAGUUUUGUUGUGUAUAUAUGUGUGUAUAUGUGACUCCACCAAGUCAAACGUCAAAUAAAAGGGCA